CUUACCUAAAUAUUUGGCGUAGACUUAUGAAGGUGAUUUGUAUUCCACUUGCAGUUGGUGAAUGCUGCACAAUACCAGAUAAUACAAAGAGAUGCUGACAAUGAAUAUUACGCAGUAUCUGGUAUGAGGGAUGCACAGUGAAUGUUGUACAGUGGCCCCGUGUGGACACAGAUGAAGAACUUUAUACUCUGCCCAAAUUGGGCAUUGUCCUGAUACAAGUGAUGUGAAUGCUGAACAUGCCACUGUGCCUGGUGUAGGGUUGCAACCCGUGAAUAUUGCAGUGCUUGGUGCAGUAGAUACAGACAUUGAAUCCUGCACAGUGCCUGCUGCAGGGGACGUGGCAGCUGAAUGUUGUAUCAGGUCUGGUGUGUUGAAUGUUGAUGGUGUACUUUGCACAGUUCUGUUGAAAGGGAUGCUGAUGGUGAAUGUUAUACAGGACCAGAUGCAAGGCACACUGAUGGUUAAUGUUACACAGCAUGCUUGUUGUAGUCAGAGUGUGAAUGUUGCACAGUGGCUAAUGCAGAGGGUGCAGACACUGGAUCUUGCACAAGGCUUUGUGCAGGGAAUGCAGCCAGUGAAUGGUGCACAAUGUCUCCAGGGUGCAGGAUGCAAAUGGUGAGUAUUGCACAAUCUUUAUUGCAGGAGAUGCUGAUAGAGACUGCUGAAUGCAUGCAAUGCAGAUGCUAGAUGAAGCACAAAUCUUGUCAGGUGGGUAUGCAGUUGGAGAAUAUCGCAUGGUCAGAUACAGAGAAUGUAAAUACUGAAUGUUGCACAGUAUCUGGGGUAGAUGAUGCAGCUGACAAACACUGCAAUGUGUCUGGUAAGGGAGUUGCAGCUGCUGAAUGUCAGAGUGCCAGAUGCAAGGGACACAAGUGUUGCAUGGUGGCUAGUCCAGGGUGGGCAGAGAUGUUACACAGUACUUGGUAAAGGAAUGUAGACAGCAAAUGUUGCCCUGUGUUUGGUGCAGAGAAUGCAGCUGGAGAAUGCUGCACAGUGCUUCGUACAGGCUAUGCUGACAAUGAACGUUAUACAGUGCCUAAAGUGUGGGGUGAAGAGUUGAAACAGGGUAGACAAUGUAUGUUCUAUGGAGCCUGGCAGGAGGAGAUACAUAGGUUUACGCUCAUCGGUGCCUUCUGCAGGGAAACAGGUGCUGAAUAUCACAUAACAGCUGGGGAAGAAGAGGUGAAUGUUCCACAAUAUUUGGAGCAGAGGUUGCAGGUGGCAAAUGUUGCAGUGUCUAGAGCGAACGAUAAAGGCAGUCAAUGAUGCAGUGUCUGGCAUGUAAGAUGUAGCUGGUGAAGGUUACACAGCCCCUGGAAUGGGGACUGCAGCCAGCAAAUGAUGCAGCACAUGGUGUGUUGAAUGCAGCAAGUGAAUGUUGCAUGGAAUGGAUGUGGUGCAGGUGCUGCAGCCUGUCAAUAGUGCACGUUGCCUUGGAUGGAGAAUGUAACUGCUGAAAUGGGCACAGAUUGGAGCAGAGGCUGCAACCCGGAGGAAAGGAUGCAGGCAAUGAACGCUGCACAAUGCUUGGUGUGGAAAAUGCAACCAGUGAAUCUUGCACAGUGCCUUGUAUAUCCAUAGCUGCUGGUUGCAGCUGGUGAAUGUUGCAUCGUGUCUGAUUAGUUGGCUACAGCCAAUUCAUGGUUCAGUGCUUGGCGCAGUUGAUGCAGCUGGUGAACAUUUUGCAGUGCCAGAAGCAAAGGAUGCAGGUGCUGAAUGCUGCAGACUGUCAGUGCAGUGCAUGUAACCAUGAAUGUUGCUGGGAGCAUGGAAUGGUGCUGCUGAAUGCUGCACAGUGACAUGUGCAGACCACACACUAGUGAACAUGGUAGUGCCUGGUGUAGUGGAUGCAGCUGUUAUAUGAUGAAUAGUGUCAGCCACUGAGGACUUAGCCAAUAACAUAAGGCAUGAUGCAGACACUGAAUGCUGAACAGUGUCUGAUGUGGAGGACAGAGGGGUUCAGAGAGUGAAUGUUGCACAAUGUCUGGUGCAUAUAUGCAUUUGGUGAAUAUUGCAUAAUGCAUGCUGCAGGAGUCCAUCAAUAUGCAGUGCCUGGGCAGGUUAUGCAGUUGGUAGAUGUUGCUCAUGGAGAGGCUGAAGCCGUUCAAUGGUGCCCAGUGUCUGAGGCAAGUGAUGCAGCCAGCGAGUUUUCACAGUAGCCAAUACAGUGCCUGUAGCCUUUUAACAAUGCAGUGUUUGGCGAGUUUCCAGCCAGUGAAUGUUAUACAGUGCCUCGAGUGGACGAUGCAGUUGGUGAUGUUUGCACAUUGCCUAAUGCAUUGCACUCAACCAAUGCGUUGCCCAUUCCCUAGGGCAGAGGAUGCAGCCGGCGAAACACUGCACACUACUUGGUGCGGAGAAUGCAACCGCUGAAAUAUUGCACAGCGCCUUGUGCAGAGGAUGCCGCUGGAAAAUGUUGCUUGGAGCCUGUCGCCGAGGAUUGCAGCUGGUGAAAUCUGCACAGGGCCUGGUACGGAGAAUGCAGUCAGUAAACGUUGCGCCGUGCCUUAUUACCGAGAACGCAGCUAGUGAGCAAUCCAACUGCCUGGUGCAUAGGAUGUACCCGGCGAAUAUUGCAUGGUGCCUUGUAGGAGAAUGCAAUCGGUCAACGAUGCACGGUGCCUGGUGUGGCAGAUGCGGCCGGUAAAAGUCGCCCCGACUCUACAGCGGCGGACGCAGCCGUCCAUGGAUGAAAUCUUGCGAUGUGGCAUUUGUUUUGAAUACUUCAACAUUGCAAUGAUGAUACCUCACUGUUCCCAUAAUUAUUGUUCACUCUGUGUACGGAAAUUUUUAUCAUACAAGACCCAGUGUCCGAUAUGUUGUGUGACUGUGACUGAACCAGAACUGCUAAACAACAGAGUAUUGGAUGAAUUAGUGAAAUGCUUUCGUACUGCAAGAGAGUUACUGUCCAAGUGUGAUUUGCAGUCCCCUCCAGUCUCGCCUCAGGCAGCACAAGCAGCGGAUAUAUCCAACAGGAAUCAAUCGUCCGGUUUCAAAGCUCAUGCCAAGAUGAAGAGGGAGAUGAAAUACAUGGACAGAUUUCUGUCUCAGAGCCAUUCCUCCAUAAGGCCAUCAGGUGUACAGUCUACUGAGAAACAGUGUGAAGAAGAACAGAGUGACACGUACACACAAUCAAUUACUGCUAAUUGCUUGGCAGACCUAGCUCAAAAGGAUAAUGAUGCUGAACCAUCGACUUCUGGACUGAAGGAAAUAGUGAAAGUGGAUUGCCCUGUCUGUGCAGUUGCUAUCCCUGAAAAGAACAUUAACAGGCAUCUCGACAGCUGCCUGACACAAGAAGAUAAAAAGGAAAGUCUACGAAGCUCUGUGAACAAAAGGAAACUGUUGCCUAAACUGGUUUAUAAUUUGCUUUCUGACCGGGAUCUGAAGAAGAAGUUGAAGGAGUGUGGACUUUCAACUCAGGGCAGCAAAGCACAACUGGUUAAACGGCAUCAAGAAUUCAUUCAAAUGUACAACUCACAGUGCGACUCCUUAAAUCCCAAAUCAGCCAAAGACAUCGCUAAAGAAAUUGAAAAGAAUGAAAAGACCCGAGCUCAGCUUGAAACCAAAAUGGUUGAAAAUGCAUUGAAAUUCACAAAGGAUCAGUCAGAAGAAGAAAUCAAUGUAAUCCACAAGGAAUAUCGUGAAAAACACAAGGAGCAGUUUCAACAGCUGAUUACUGAGGUGAGGAACAGAUGGAAAUCAAAGGGAAAGAAAUUAAAGAGUGAACAUGAUAAAGAAACUGAAGAACAGUGUUUAACCAUCAGAGAAGUGGAUAUUACGGAGUGCCAGAACAUGGACUGUAACACGGAAGAGGCAUGCCAAGAUGAGCCACAGUUGCCAGAGAUAACAGGUUCACUUGUGACAUCCGAUACUUUGAAACCUGAGUCUUGUUCGUUCGAUGUGGUUCUACCUUCAUCCUUGUCAACAUCCAGCUCUGACUCUGAUAUUUGCAGAGAUCCUGAAUAUUCCCAGGAACCUGAAGAAUCAACAGAUAUGCAAUUGUCAAAAGUCAGCACAGGGAAAAGGAAGAUGAGAGAACCGUUCAGGAAAAGGAGUUCUGAAAAUAAACGGGCAAGGAUGUGAGCAUUACAGCAAGAAACAUGACACAAGCUUCCAAUGAGUUCUGGGACCCAGUUGUUAACAAGGAAAAUGUAGUUUUAAUCUGUGUACACUCUAUACUUUGCAAUUAAGCAUUGUUGUGAGACAGAGCAUUGACAUACGUAAAUAUCUUUAAUCAUUGAUAAAGGAGCAAGGAAUAUUAUCUGCCAGGUUCUUUCACUGAAGACUGAGCCUUGCCAUUUGCCUGCUGUUUUAAGGGAAAGAUACUCUAAGUAUUCAAAAAGCAGGAACAAUGGAAGACAACUUAAGUGACAGGAAUAAGGGAUUGGUAUGGAUACUUAGUAUACAUGGUAGUUGUCAGUAAGGCUACUAUCAAGAGAAGUGUAUAUAUCAAUAACUGUUGAUAUCUUUGCUUACUGUUAUCCACUGCUUGCUACCUUUCGAUAUUUGUUAAUAGUUCCUUACGCACAAUGUUUUUUUGAGCUUCAAUGCAUAGUCCCCUUUCUCUCUAUAUUUUGACUCUUUCAUCUUGCACUUCAGCUACCUCAUUACUGGAUUUAAUUGAAAGAAAUUUGGGAGAAAAUCAGCUUUGGUCACCAGUACUAUGUGUGUGAUGCAAUUAGUAACCAGUUGUACUCCCCUUCGCAGCCUUUAUUUCGCAGUGAAACUGAAUGUUUGGGAGCUAUAUACCUACAACAGUAGAUAAUUUUGUAUGUAUUCAGGGCUAGUGAUGACAGGUCAUUAAGGUUAAAUUGUAAAUAUUACUCUAAGCAAGAAGAGUAGUACAUACCAUUCUUUAAACAAAGGUUACCUUUGGAGCACUUAUACUGGAACAAACAGAAGAAUCAGCCAAUGUCAUUGAUAUGAAGGUGAGUCUGAUGUGCCUGCUAUAAGAUUGACCCUUGAUUGGUGAUCUGAGGUGGGAUGAUCGUAGUAGCAGACAAUUGGCAUCCUCAACCUGUGAUUAUGAUAGAGAAAAUAAUUGGACUUUAAUUGCUAGUUGGAUGACUUGAUUUUACAGUACCUUCAAAAGAAAAUUGGAGGGACACAUGGGGAAAAAAUAUAAAGAAUCGGCAGGGAAUUUAGGUAUAUAAACAGCAGAGGAAGUUCAGAAACCACUGCAGGUUACUCUGUGAAAUCGCAUUGUUUUCAGAGUGAAACAAUAGCCACAAAUCUCAAGGAGGCCACUUGGUUAGUUGUGGUAAAUGAGACCAUAAAAAUGAGCAACAAAGAAUUUGUUUAAAAUUAUUUAAAAUUGUUUACCUCUUAAAAGUAUAGCAUAUUUAAUCUAUAUUUGUGGAUAAGCUUAAGUCACUUGACAUUGUAGGCAAAGUAAAAAUUAGAUGACACUUUCUUUGAGAAGGUUAAUAUUUCAUUUCUACUGAAGACUUUUUUUGCUGUUUCUUCCUAGCUUUUUCUCUGUUCAGAAGGUUAUAAGUGUCACUAACAGAGCUCUGAUGCACAGUACUGAGAUGCAGAUGCAAGUAUAUGCAAGUUGAGCAAGUGUGAGCAAUUAUAACCAAGUUCCCAAGCACCUAGCCACCUGCAAAGCAGGUAGGUGCACAGCUGAAGCCAAGUUCAGGUCUGGCAAUCUCAAUGCACCAGACUUUGAAAUUAAUUCUACUUGAGAGGUAUUUCUUGAUACAAGAUAUUCUCAAAAAAAUUUGCACUGGCUCCAAAGUAACCCCCAUUGUACCAUAUGGCAUUGAUGAGUUGUGGUCUCACCUCUUGGAUUAUGUGAAUUUCUUAGUGUACACAGGCUCUCAAUUGAAAUUGGGUAUUUACUUAUGAGAAUGAUUCAGUGGCAUGAAUUACAUAGUAUGAGUAUGAAUUUAUGUAGUUCAUCUGGAAUAAAGUUAGAGGAAUAGUUGGACCACCAGCCAUGGAUUUUACUGCUAGUUGUAUGAAUUUUACAUCGUCUUCCAGGUUUUACAGUGUUUAAAUCGAAGUUGAUGUUUCAUUAGAUAAACAGAUAAAGUUUUCCAAUAUUAAACAACCAUCAUCAAAUCCACAAGUGUUCCACCCAAUAAUAAUUUGGGAUAUGUUACCAAACACAAGAUUAAUAUCUCAUGCAGUGUAUUGUAUUCCAAUGUUGCCAAGAUUAUGAUAAAAAUCAGAUUGAACCCCAAGUAAUUUUCUGUGUUACACUCUUGAUAUAUCAUCUAUUAACUCUAUGACCCACGCCAGGCUUGCAAUCAUCUUAGCUUAAAAAUGCUGCUUUAACAUAACGUCUGAAAACACUGUUUUGCUACAUUCAUACUUCAAAUGGGUAUGAAAUAAGAAUUUUGCACAGCAAGAGCUAACAGAGAGAUCUCACCCCCCCCCCCCCCCCCCCCCCC